CUUUGAUUUGAAAAGUGAAGGAAGUUGAAAGAAAAAAAAACAAAGAUUCAAUGAACAAUAACUGGCUUUCAUUCCCUCUCUCACCUUCUCAUUCUUCCUUACCUUCUAAUGAUCUUCAAGCAACUCAAUAUCAUCACUUUCCUCUUGGAUUAGUCAAUGACAACAUGGAAAACCCUUUCCAAAAUCAUGAUUGGAAUCUGAUGAACACACACAACAGCAAUGAAGUUCCAAAGGUUGCGGAUUUUCUCGGUGUAUGCAAGUCUGAAAAUCACUCAGAUCUUGCUACACCGAACGAAAUUCAAUCUAAUGAUUCAGAUUAUCUGUUUACAAAUAACAAUACUCUCAUGCCAAUGCAAAACCAAAUGGUUACAACAUGCACCAAUGAGUAUCAAGAAAAGGCUAGUAAUAGUAAUUUGCAGUCUUUGACAUUAUCCAUGGGAAGUGGUAAAGAUUCAACAUGUGAAACUAGUGGUGAAAAUAGUACAAACACUGUUGAAGUUGCUGUUCCUAAAAGAACUUCAGAGACAUUUGGACAAAGAACUUCGAUAUAUCGCGGUGUAACAAAACAUAGAUGGACUGGAAGGUAUGAAGCUCACCUUUGGGAUAACAGCUGUAGAAGGGAAGGUCAGUCGAGAAAAGGCCGCCAAGUCUAUUUGGGUGGAUAUGAUAAAGAAGAGAAAGCUGCUAGGUCUUAUGAUUUAGCUGCACUUAAGUACUGGGGGACAUCCACCACUACCAACUUUCCAGUUAGCAACUAUGAGAAGGAAAUAGAUGAAAUGAAGCACAUGACAAGACAAGAAUUUGUUGCCUCUAUUAGAAGGAAAAGCAGCGGUUUCUCUAGGGGUGCAUCAAUGUACCGUGGAGUUACAAGGCAUCACCAACAUGGAAGAUGGCAAGCAAGGAUUGGCAGAGUUGCAGGAAAUAAAGAUCUAUACUUGGGAACUUUCAGCACUGAAGAAGAGGCUGCAGAAGCAUACGACAUAGCAGCAAUAAAAUUCAGAGGACUCAACGCUGUAACAAACUUUGACAUGACUCGUUACGACGUGAAAGCCAUUCUCGAAAGCAACACACUGCCAAUUGGAGGAGGAGCUGCAAAAAGACUAAAAGAAGCACAAGCUCUAGAAACUUCGAGAAAACGCGAAGAAAUGCUUGCACUUAACUCAUCAUCUUUCCAAUAUGGAACAUCAAGCUCUAGUAACACUAGACUCCAACCCUACCCUCUCAUGCAAUAUCAUCACCAAUUUGAACAACCUCAACCAUUGCUAACAUUACAAAACAACCAUGAAAGCUUGAAUUCUCAACAAUUCUCUCAACACCAAGGUGGUGGUUAUUUCCAAACACAGCUUGAGUUGUGUCAACAACAAAACCAACAACCAUCUCAGAAUAGUAACAUAGGUUCAUUCUACAAUGGUUAUUAUCAGAAUCAUCCUGGUUUGUUUCAGAUGAAUAAUAUAGGAUCUUCUUCUUCAUCUUCGGUGAUGGGAAAUAAUGGUGGUGGUUCUAGUGGGAUUUAUAGUAAUAGUGGAGGGUUAAUUAGUAAUAAUGCUGUUGAGGAAUUUGUGCCGGUUAAGGUUGAUUAUGACAUGCAAGGUGAUGGAAGUGGUUUUGGCGGCUGGUCGGCGGCAGGAGAGAACAUGCAGACUGCUGAUUUGUUUACAAUGUGGAAUGACUAUGAGACAAGAGAGAAUUAGAUAGAUGAUGUUUUUUUUUUUGAAGUAUGAAAACAAUUAACCAUACAAUUUUGUUAUGUCUUUUUUGUUGUUUUAUUAAUUGUUAUGCGUUAUUGUUGUGGUAGUUGAAAACAAAAGAUAGACGUUGAUUUUUCAAUGCAGGAUAAUGACUUAUUGGGUAGGGUUCUGAUUAUGUUAAAU